AUGACACAGCGUAAAAGUAAAGGAGGGACAGCGACGAUGCGUGCUGCCAUGCUGCUAGCGACGGUUCUAUGCAUUGCCGUGCUGCCGGUUUGCAUCUACAGUCUCGAAAACGGACUCGCCAGAACACCACCCAUGGGAUGGCUUUCGUGGGAACGCUUCCGCUGCAACACGGACUGCGAAGGUGAUCCGGAGAAUUGUAUCAGUGAACACCUUUUCCGUACGAUGGCCGACCUGGUGGUGAGCGAAGGAUACGCUGCCGUUGGCUACGAGUACAUCAAUGUCGACGACUGUUGGUUGGAGAAAUCACGCGGACCGCGCGGUGAACUGGUCGCUGAUCGACGUCGCUUCCCGAGUGGCAUGAAGUCGCUGGCCAACUACGUGCACACGAAAGGUCUUAAGUUCGGUAUCUACGAAGACUACGGAAAUUACACGUGUGCCGGAUAUCCAGGCAUUCUCGGUUUCUCCGCCAACGAUGCGGCCCAGUUUGCGUCGUGGGAUGUGGACUACGUCAAGCUGGACGGUUGCUACUCUCUGCCGAUUGACAUGGAUCAUGGCUAUCCGGAAUUUGGACGUAAUCUGAAUGCUACCGGGCGUCCGAUGAUCUACUCGUGCAGCUGGCCAGUUUAUCAGAUUUAUGCAGGCAUGAAUCCCAACUACUCGUCAAUUAUUCAGCAUUGUAAUUUGUGGCGUAACUACGACGACAUUCAAGAUUCCUGGGCGUCACUGGAGAGCAUUAUCGAUUAUUAUGGCAACAAUCAGGAUGCGAUCAUACCGAAUGCUGGACCCGGCCAUUGGAACGAUCCGGACAUGCUGAUUAUCGGAAACUUUGGACUCAGCUACGAACAGUCCAAGACGCAGAUGGCGCUCUGGGCUAUAAUGGCCGCUCCGCUCAUGAUGUCGGUUGAUCUGCGUACGAUCCGGCCAGAGUUUAAAGCGAUUCUACAGAACCGCAAGAUCAUUGCGGUCGAUCAAGAUCCACUCGGUAUCCAGGGGCGAAGAAUUUAUAAGCACAAGGGCAUCGAGAUCUGGUCCCGACCGAUCACUCCCAUCUACCAGACGUACUACUCGUACGCGAUCGCCUUUGUUAACCGGCGAACAGACGGUACACCAUCGGACGUGGCCGUGACCCUACGCGAGCUGGGUCUUAUUUCCCCCACGGGCUACAGGGUUGAGGACCUGUACGAGGAAGUCGACUACGGAGUGCUGAGCCCACAGACGAAGAUUAAGGUGAAGGUGAACCCAUCCGGUGUGGUGAUACUACGGGCCGAUGUUCAGCCGGAGCGUUUCUCCAAGAGACCGUACAAUCCCAUCUUCUAUCGCUAUCCUAACUAA